AUGAGAUCUUCCUUUCUUGCAGCAGCAGCAUUGAUUAGCUGUACAUUCGCUAAAACAUUCGAGUACGACAUCCUAGCUGAUCAGGGCUUCGCCAAUCUUAAGCUUCACGUAUCUCAAAAAGGGUUUCCCAGCCCCGAAACAUGCACAUGGGAGAAUGUUGCCAAACGUCGAGAAUGGUCACGAUUGACGCGAGCGGAGAAACUCGAUUACAUUGGAGCAGUUCAGUGUCUUGGACGACUUCCUGCUAGAACACCAGCUUCUGUAGCUGCGGGAGCAAGAUCACGCUAUGAUGAUCUCGUUGUAACUCAUAUACUCCAAACAUACUACACCCACGGCAAUGGAAACUUUCUCUCGUGGCAUCGUUACUACAUGUGGACAUAUGAGCAAAUGCUACGGAACGAAUGCGGUUAUAAGGGCUAUCUGCCCUAUUAUAAUUGGGCAUGGUGGGCUGAAGACCCGGCCAGCUCGCCACUGCUUGAUGGAAGUGACACGAGUAUUUCCGGAGAUGGAGAAUUCGUGCCUGGACGAAAUGCCACAUGUGUACCGAAUCCGAAAAGUUGUUAUCAGAUAAUGGUGCCUGGAACAGGCGGCGGCUGUGUAACUUCUGGGCCAUUCAAAGACUGGAAAGUCAAUCUGGGUCCCAUCACGAGCCGUGACACGACAGUCCCGCCAAAUCCCUCACCAGACGGUCUCGGUCAUAACCCUCGCUGCAUCAAGCGUGACCUGAGUGUGCAAUCGGCACUUGAGGCUCGAGAUGAAUACAUCACAGACCUCAUCAAAGAUAGUGCCAACAUCUCCGCCUUCCAAGACACAUUCCAGAAUCCGAAUUAUGAGCGGCUGAGUGUCCACCUUGGUGGACACAAUAUCAUCAGUGGAGAUGCCGGGUCUGAUUUCUUCAAUUCGCCCUCAGAUCCUUUCUUCUGGUUCCAUCAUGCCUCUGUAGAUCGCACAUGGUGGAUCUGGCAGAAUCAGGAUAUCGAUUCCAGACGGUUCACGAUUGCUGGGACACUAACCUUUAUGAAUAACCCGCCUACGCGAAAUGCGACAUUGGAUGAUAUCAUGACUAUGGGGGAGUUCGUUGGGGGCUCUAAUAUAACUGUCGCGAAUGCUUCAAGCACGCUUGCAGGGCCGUUCUGCUAUGUUUAUGAAUAA